UAUGGCGUCGGAGGAUGAGAACGCGCCGAAGUGUGAUCUCGAAGGCGAUGGCUGUGUCCGUUUGUCGUCGAUCCUUCACGCCUUCGGUGCGCCCAUCCGCGAGGAACAGGCCUGGGCCGUGUGCUACCAGACCUCGAAGUGCAUGUGCAAGGAGUGGGCGGCGGACAACCGCGGAUGUUACUGCCUGACAGCAACCAGUCAGCUGAGAAUCCACAAGGAUGGGAGCGUACACACCUCCACGGUGCGCGACUUGGGCCCGGUUUCCACCCGACCCAUUGCCACAAGCGAAUACAAGCUCGUGUGCAGCCUUGGCCUAGUACUGUUCCACGCGCUCGAGUACGGGCUCCGACCGGAUGAAGAACAUGUGUUGAGCCGACCCUUCGAGAUGCUGCUUGACCGUAUGACGUCCGCCGACCCCGAGGCGAACUCGGAGGCCGAGUUGAGCUCGGACGACGAAUCGGGCGAGGAGGACUGCCAUGACGAAGGCAUCGAGAAGGACUCCGGGGAGGACGACCCGGGCGGCGGUGACGGAGGCGAUGGACCCGGCAAGACCCCGCACCGGGCGGGCCUGACGCUCGCCAAGGUGCUCGAGAUGUGUGCAUCUCAUCUUCAAAACCCAGCACAGGCUGAUCUUCACUACAAGGCAGUUUGCCGUGCCCUAGUUGCAGAAGCUGUUGAGCUAUCUACAUUCCUGCAGAAAAUAUCUAGUGGAACCAAAGAAUUCAUCAAGUGUCAUCGCAGUGAUCCAGAUACCUCAGACCUUGAUGGCUUACAGUUUCAGGACUGGGCCAUGCUGUGGAUGCAGGUAAUUCGGGAACUUCGACAGGGAGUCAAAUUAAAGAAAGUUGACAUUGAAACACACCUGCAUCCUGUGGAGUUUGAGCUGACACCUUACGAGAUGUUGCUGGAUGACAUCCGUUCGCAGAGGUACAAGCUGAACAAAGUCAUGGUGAAUGGUGAUCUCCCACCUCGAGUGAAGAAAGAUGCCCAUGCGUUAAUAUUGGAGUUUAUUCGCUCUAGGCCCCCAUUGUUUCCUGCCUCGAGGCGAAAACUGAAGCCUGCACCUCGGCGGGAAACAUCUGUUCAUGACCGCUUGAUGGCUGACAUACGGCAACCUCAGAGGCUUCGACCAGUCAGGAAAAGAGGCAGUGCAGGAACUUCUGUGGAGACAUCGCGAACAAACCUGGUGGAAUCCACCAAGACGCAACAGCCAAGGAGGCGGCUCAUUAUGGCUGACAUCGCUCUGCAUCUUUCAUCAAGCUUUGACGAGGAUGACACGGACGAUGCUCCCAUUGCUCCUGCGCCAGAGCAGCCUCACUCUUUGCCUGUGCAGCUUCGUCAAGCACCUCCAAGGCCCACAAAACUUCAGUGGCAGCACAAGCAUGGAAGGGGAGAUAAUUCUGAUGUUCCAACUACAUCAUUACUGAAGCACAAGUUAGAGCGUCGGCAUAGCAUCACCGUGUGUGAAUCUCCAUCGAGGACACCAUAUCGCACAGCUCAGGAUAUGCUCAAUCACCCUGACAAAGUGGCACUUGAUGCACGACAAGAGUCUGGAAAAGAAAACUGGACUACGACCCAGUGGGAGAAUUCAAUGGAGUGUUUGUCCUUAACUCUGGAGGAAGUUGUUCACAUACGUAAUGUUCUAACGAAGGCAGAACUGGAGUCUCUGCUUGCCAAUAGACCCCUUUACGACGAUGUUGAGAAGAAAAGAGUCUGCUUCACCUGCAAAAAAACCAAGUUCUCAUUCUUCAGGCCAUGGGGAGUUGUAUGCAAGCUGUGUGAGAGAAAGAUCUGUGACAAAUGCUCUACUAAGAUGCACAUUCCGACAGACAGGUUUGACCGUAUACCUGUUUAUAUGCUGUGCCCGACAGCUACAGAAGAGGAUUCACCGAAUCACUCUCCACUUCCAAAGCUUUUUCAGUUUACCAGCGGUUCUGCUCCAUCAUCGCCGAUCCCGGGCAGGCCUGGAGGUGCCACAACAUUCAAUACAAAGCUCAACGUCAGCGUUUAUUCACCACCGCAUUGCACACCACCACGACCAAGGGUCCCGAAACUUCGCCAUGCAUCCUCGAUGUGCAGUCCAAGAAUUGGUGUCCCUGAAGACAUGGCUGAUCAGGAGGCACGCAGGGCACCCCUGCUGCGCUCCCGCACAUUUCAACAGAAAGCCAGCUCUCCACAGGAAGAGCGGUUGCGCGGCCCGCUUAUGACUGUCUGCCGGGACUGCAAGGGAAUGAUAAGGCAGAUCAUUCUGGCUAGCAGGGCCGACAUGGCCAAGUCACAACGGAAGGCGUGCAAGCCACCACUGGGCGUCGUUCACAAAAACUGAAAGCAAGAAAAGUCUGGAGAGCAGUGAAAGGGGCACCAUGUUUUUUUUUUCUUUUUCUUUUUCUUUUGUGAAUAGUUUCUUGGCAGAUAAAGCAAUAGAAGUGUGGCUUCUGCA